CAUCCGUUCCAUCCGUGUACUGUCAUAACAAUGUCAAAAGUUAAACGGAAUAAUUUGCGGAUUGUAAACAAACACCAAAAUCAUGAAAAUUUGCAGUCUCUGCUGUGAUUCAAGUAAAUCGGCCUUUCACAAUGUUGAGACCGUGCAAUUUGGUAGUGAAUUUAUUGCGAUAUCCGAAAUGACAAAGGUUUUUAAAGACCUAGAGCCGCUGUGGUCCUCGAAAGUGGAGAAGAACAUUUGCUUCGAUUGCUUACAGGAACUGCAAUCAUCAUAUUUGUUCUAUAAAAAAUGCCUAAAGUCCAAAGAACUGUUCAGCGAAACUAUUAGAGACAGUCCAAGCAAAAGAGUCACAACAUCACCGAACGCUGCGAAAAUCGUACCAUUUCAGUGUUGCGAUCAACGAUUCAACAACAGAGCUACACUCAACAAACACAAACAGCUCGUCCACGGCAGCAUUGUGCGUUUUGUGUGUCGCCUGUGUCCGAAAAAAUUUCUAACAAAACGCAGCGUACGAAUUCACGAGAUUUCGCAUAGAAAGGCGAAGAAAUCGCCGGCCCUAUUUUGUGACCAAUGUCAAACCCAGUUCGUGCAUCUCGGUACAUUUGCGAAGCAUAAAGAACGGCACGAUAACGACACGGUGUGUUAUUACUGCAAUCGAGGCUAUUCGGAUGUGGACAAAACGAAAAAGCAUAUCGCCGAUGGCCACGAAACGAACGAGAAACGGUUCAGUUGCGUCAAAUGCAGGAAACAAUUCGAAAGUCGAAAGAUUUUACUCAGACAUUUCCGCACCGUACACGGCCGAAUGAUUCCGAUGUUUUGUGGUCAAUGCGAGGAGUCUUGUGAAGACCGGGACACGUUGACGAGUCACUUAGUGGAAUGUAAGAAGAAGAAAUCGGAUGAGAACGACGAAUACUGGAAUAUAGAGCAUUUGAUCGAUGAUGAUCUUGGCACCGAAUGGUUGAACUACGAAAUGUUAAGCGACGAUUACUUAAACGUCGACAAUGGGGAGGCAAUGGUUGAAGAAUUCCUGGACGAUGCAUUCGAAAUGUUGGCAGGUCAAAAUGAAGAACUGAAAUGCCAUCAUUGUUCAACCGUUUUUAUGACAGCCAGAGAUCUGGUUAUGCAUGACAUUACGAAUCACGACACUGUGAAACGUGAUCCACCGGAUAGUAAGCUGAUCAUGAGCGCCUGCUACAAAUGUCCCAGAUGUCAGACGGAAUUCACUAAACAGAGUCUGUUAAUGGUUCACUUAGCUCAUCAUCACGGCGAAUUCACGCUACUCUGCAAUGAAUGUGGCACUGCCUACAAUGAUCUAGCGAGACUACGUUCCCAUCGAAAAGAACACCAAAUGGAAAACGUAACUUCAUCUCUGACCGAUCCACAUAACACUCGCGAUGGUAAAAGUCUGUGCACACUGUGCGACAAAUACUUCACCACCAAUGGCCUAAAGUAUCACCUGAAAACCCAUUCAAAUGUUGUGCCGGCCUUCGUUUGUCCAUUUUGUGACAAGAAAUUCAUCGCCAGCACAAAUCUAAAUGCACACAUACGGGUGCGUCACAGCGAAACGAAACCACAUCCUUGCAGUCACUGUGAACGUCGGUACGCUACCGUUGAUAAUUUGAAGAAGCACACGGCUAGCGUUCAUUUGCAUAUUCGGAAUUUUAAGUGUGACGUUUGUGAGAAGAGUUUUCGACAAAAGUCCCACUUGAAUCAACAUUUAUGGCAGCACAGUGGCGGUGUCAAACAGUAUCAAUGUUCAUUGUGCAUAAAGUCGUACACAAGCAAACCAUCGUUGAAAAAUCAUUUGUCAAAAGUGCAUUCGUUGACGGAAUAAAGAUGUUACUCCAACGGUA